CCUUGGAGAACCGCUUUGUCCGAAUAAAAUUGCAAUAGUGAGAAAGUUGAGAGAGAAAAAGAUGCAAGAGAGCUAAAGAAGAGAGAAAAGAAGCUUUGUCUUUUGUUUCCUAGCAUUCAAUUCCAUUUCCUCUCUUCAUUACCACUCUCCAGCUAUUCGAUCCCAAAGUUUAUUAUAACCGACUCUCUAUCCCUUAUUCUCUCUCUAUCAUCUCUUUGGGUGGACAAAGCAAAAUGGUUUCAUGUGGAAAAAACACAAGGCGGUUUCACCAUUAAUGAAUGGGAUUCAAGAUAGGUAUUGAAUUAGAAUAGAAGAGGAAGAAGAAGACCAACAACAACAAGAGCAAGAGACAAAGCUUUUAGGUUCAUCCCCUUUGAUCAUGGCUUCAAGUGUUAAGAGCACCAACUCAACAACUCAACUUGAACCACUCCCCCCACCCCCACAUCUUCAUCAACAACAACCACAACAUCAUUUUCAUCAUCAUCAUCAUCAAAUACCAGACCAACAAAUUUCUUUUGGAAUGAUGCCAUCUUCCUCAUCAUCACCCUCUAUCCCCGGAAAUUACUUAAGCAAAGAUUCUGGAGCAUAUGAUUUGGGGGAAUUGGAUCAAGCCUUUUUUUUGUAUCUUGAUGGACAAGCUGACCCUUCUAGUGUUCAAGACCAAAGACAGAACACAUCGUCAGGAAUGAGGCCACCACCAACGCUCAACAUUUUCCCAUCUCAGCCUAUGCACGCAGUGCCACCAUCCAAUUCCAAGGUUAGCAUGGAAAUUCCCUCUACACAAACCAGUGGCUCCAAGAGACCACCAGAGCCAUCCUUGGCCAAGCCCAACCCACACACUGAAGCCCCCUCUGCACCUGAACCACCCAAAGCUGUGAAGCGAGAGGGCAACCGCAAAGGAACAACGUCAAGUUCUGAGCAGGAAGCGCCCAAAACACCUGAUCCUAAGACACUAAGAAGACUUGCUCAGAAUAGAGAGGCAGCAAGGAAAAGCAGACUCAGGAAAAAGGCGUACGUUCAACAGCUAGAGUCAAGUAGGAUUAAGCUUAAUCAACUAGAACAGGAGUUACAGCGUGCUAGAUCUCAAGGCAUAUUAAUGGGUGGAAAUGCACUUCUUGGAGGGGAGCAAGGGAUUCCUAUGUCUAUGAAUGGCAUUAGCUCAGAGGCUGCAAUGUUUGACGUGGAAUAUGCGAGAUGGUUAGAGGAGCACCAUCGCCUAGUGUGCGAGCUAAGAGCUGCGGUCCAAGAACACCUUCAUGAAAACGAGCUUAGGUUAUAUGUUGACAAUUGUUUGGCUCACUAUGAUCAUGUGAUGAACCUGAAGAGCAUAGUGGCUAAAACGGACGUAUUCCACAUUGUUUUUGGCAUGUGGAAGACCCCAGCUGAACGUUGCUUCAUGUGGAUCGGUGGCUUCAAGCCAUCUGAACUCAUCAAGAUUAUUCUAAGUCAAAUUGAGCCUCUUACGGAGCAACAAAUACUUGGGAUAUGUGGGUUGCAACAAUCUACACAAGAGGCAGAAGAGGCUCUUUCCCAAGGGCUUGAAGCUCUCAACCAAUCUCUCUCAGAAACUAUAACUUCAGACUCUUUGUGGUGUUCUCCAAAUAUGACCAACUACAUGGGACAAAUGGCUCUGGCAAUGAACAAGCUCUCCACUCUUGAAAGUUUUGUGAGACAGGCUGAUAAUCUGAGGCACCAAACCAUUCACCGUCUGCAUCAACUUCUAACAACACGCCAAGCCGCGAGGUGUUUGUUGGCCAUAUCUGAGUACUUCCAUCGCCUCCGAGCCCUGAGUUCUUUGUGGUUCACACGCCCUCGCCAAGAGUAGUGGUUUCGCAUUAAUUUCAUGCAUAUCUCUCAAGUUAUGCCUAGCUAGAAAUAUUAUAGAUAGAUCUAUGACCUUGUAGCUUCUUAAUUUCUCUUAAAUUAUAAAUUAAAUAUUCUCUUUAUUUCACUCGGGUACCACCCUCUUUCUCUCCCUCACCGCUUCCCCCACACAAACACAAUUAACUAACUAAAAAGAGGAAUAAUUUGUUCUAAAAAAUAUUUGCCAGCCAUUCUUGACUGGGAUGGGAUAGAAGAGCAUGAAGAGGAAGAGAAUGGAAACACGAUUUUGUGUAGAAGUUAAUGUUAAUUUAGCAGAUCAUAAUUUGCCGUCUGUGGAGAAGAAAAAGGAGAUUAUAAACAUGAGAAGUUGAACUUGACUAUCCACGUGGCCUUGAAUUGUUGCAUGCAUAGGUUGUCGAUCUCUAU